CCGUAGACACUAGCCACUUGGACACGGGCCAUUUGGAUAUUGCUUGGCCUGGGCUUAUCACCCUCAAUCCCCCACCCCACCCCAAGAGGAGGAAGGACUCAGAGGAGACCUAAGGGAGGGAGGGAGGGAGGGACAGGGACAGGAGACCUCCCAGGGCCUGCUUGCCUCUGGCACCUUCCGUGAGAGAAGUCUCCAGAGAAGAGAAGAGAAGAGAAGAGAAGAGAAGAGAGCGGGUGUGGCCUGCGGCGUGGGGAAGGAAGCAAGGAGAGGAGGGGGUGGUGGAGUGAGCAGAGGAGAAGUAUAGAUCUAGUCCGAAUCUUCCGAUGAGCGCGUCUCGGUUCAUCAAGUGCGUCACCGUGGGGGACGGCGCCGUCGGCAAGACCUGCAUGCUCAUCUCCUACACCUCCAACACUUUCCCCACGGAUUACGUUCCAACUGUGUUCGACAACUUCAGUGCAAACGUUGUGGUCGACGGGAGCACUGUCAACUUGGGUCUGUGGGAUACAGCAGGACAAGAGGACUACAAUAGACUGCGCCCAUUGAGCUAUCGUGGUGCUGAUGUUUUCCUCCUGGCCUUUUCGCUUAUCAGCAAAGCAAGCUAUGAGAAUGUAUCAAAGAAGUGGAUUCCUGAAUUAAGGCACUAUGCUCCUGGUGUGCCCAUAAUUCUUGUUGGGACAAAGCUUGGUCCCAGCACUUGUAAGGUUGUAGCACUUCCCUCCCUCAACUUGCAUUUUACUCUGUCAGCCUCCUAGACUUCCGUCCAUUUGUACCAUUGCUCCUUCCCACUGUUACCUAACAGAUUUGCUGAGGUGAACAAAGACGUGGUGCGCAGUGAAGCCAUAAUUGCAAUGCAUGGUCUGUAGCAUAAAAAAUCUCACAUGUCAACACAUCCCCUCACAUUCUUCUUCCCUACCUUUGCCAUCUCGUCAUGGACAGAGAACAAAGGGAGGCCAUGGUUGGUUAUUGGAGUUGGCUGCUUCCCUUGAUGAUAGUCAGCGAGGGGAGGGUGACGAAAUGGAGAGAGAAUGGAAAGCUGUAACCAGCGAGGGAAUGCCAGAGGAAGGGGGUGAUGAUGACUAGCGGCGCUGACUGCAGGUGCUUUGGCCUAGCCUGUGAUUUUACUGGAUCUACUCCAAUGGUCGAUCGAGUGUGGUGGCCCCGCUCGCCGGGGUAAAAGAAGAAGAUGGCGGCGCAGUGGCCUUCCUGCGACAGUUUCAUCAAAUGUCUUUAAAUAAAGAAAUACUUGCUGAUGAGGGAGAAGCGAGGUGGAGCAAAAGCAAAUCCAGCACCAGUACCCGAAACUGAUGGAGGGCAAAGAAAUGCUCCCUGGACAUAGAGGUGUUACUAGAUGGAAGGAACUGGCCUCAGAUGGGGCGGAUGGGGAGAUCCGGUGUUGGUGAGUCUAGCCGGGUUUGAAGAUCUGAAGAUGGCUACCCCAUGCUAGAUGUCCAUGCAGUUGCUCCAUGAGCUCACCCCCCCCCCCCCCUGUAACGAGCUGUAGAUCCUCGCUGACCUCCAUGACUUGCAGAUGUAGGUGUUAGUGGUUGCUGUCAUUAUCAAGUGGCAUCAGCCAUGGUAGGAUGGUAAAAAGAAAAGUGGAGCAAAAGUAAAAAGAGGGGACACUAGCUUGUGCUGACAUGUCACCACACUGUGCUACCCUCAAUGAUUGUACGCCAUGUCAGUGUCCAUGUCAGCGAAUCUGUUAGUUAAAUGCGAAAGGGUACAUGAUCUGAUUGAGUAAAAUGCAAAUUGAGUGGAGAGUGAUACAACCUUACAAGUUCAGGGGUGCGUACGCAGCCCGGGUGUGUGUGUGUACUUUUCUGCUCUAUAUUGUGCUACAUAAUUUGGUGGUGCUUAACUAUUGAAUUACUGU